AUGUCUCCUAGUGGGAACAGCGUUCCGAGCAUCAUCUCCACGCUCACAGCUCGCAGCAGGAACCCAGACGCGCUGCGCAGUAUAUUGCGACUGCGCUCCAAGGGCCUCAUCCCUCAAACGAACAGGAUCAGUGACCCAAGGUUCGACCCAGCUACCGUCCAACAAGACGCUCAGGAGACGCGCAUCAUCAUUCACGCCAGAUACCCUCGGCUCGUAGAGGACUUCUUGGCUCAUAAGCGACAAUAUGGAAGUUCGGUCGAGAAAGAACUCUACGGCAGCCAAGACUGGACCUGGGAGAAGCAGGUGGCCCGGCUAGUGGAUAAAAGACCUCUCGUGUUUAUGUCCAGCCAGGACCACACAAUGCUGCGCGACGGAAAGGCCCUUGGUCCUGCGGCAACGCAGUGGGACAAAGUAGGGACCGAAGCCGAGGCCACGAACAGCCAUCUGAAGCUCGCCGAAUACCUGAGUUAUGACGAGAUCAUGCUGGGGUCUCUUCUGGGCGUCAGCUCGCCAAGCUAUUUUAUCAACACGGGGGGCCGUUACAAUUCUGGAGUCGUCGGCAAGCCGGGCGAGUACGAAGACCGAGGUAUCAUCAUGGGCCUUGUCGGCGCGCGUUUCGAGCGGGCAGACCACAUGGACAGCACUUAUAUACAGCCGCCAGUUGCAAAUCCGCGACAGCACCCCGAUCUGGACUCCAUUUUCCGUGCCUUCGUCGCUCCCAAGAGGAGAAGUGCUGGCCUUCCUGCAGAAGAACAUGGAGCGUUCGAUGUGGACAUGUACAAGGCGCGCAUGCGGAUCACAAUCGAUAUCCUGCUGCUCGAGGCCAACGCGCGUGCUGACGCAGCAGGCAAGAAGGCAUAUGUUUAUGUUGUCGGGCUCGGUCUGGGCGUCUGGGCGGUUCGUGGAGUCGACCAGGCAGCUUAUUUUGUGGAAUCCUUCGUCGAGGCGCUGGGCGAGCUUCAGGGUCGGCUGACUUCUUUGGGCACGCUGGAGUUCGCAUAUAUCGAUCCUCCUGGUGCCACGCGAAAAGUGAUAGAGGCUGCAGCAGCUCCUCUGUCCAUCAACGUCAUCUUCUCGCGCCGUGAUCCAGCAGCUAAGUUGUCAGGGGAGGCGGCGAACCAGCUACUUGUGCUCAGCUACGCCUGGGAUGGGAACUCGUUUCCUGGGAAUGAGUACUGGACUGGGUCGCUGAUUGCGAGUGGCGACCCGGCGGCUGCAUGUAUGAGCCAAAUCUCGGAGCUGCAUAACCCUAUCAUCAAUCCUGAUUUCCUGGACCGGAUAGAAAUCCUAGGAGCUGGGGCGCAGUAG